AUGAAUAUUGAGCCGCCCAAAGCACUAGGUACUCGUCCUGAACCUGUUGGUGCUCCUGGUUGCCUUACUGGAAUGACAUUUGUGAUAAGUGGACAGUACGAGACUCUCACUAAGGACCAGACGAAAGAUAUUGUUUUGCGUUAUGGUGGACGUGUCACCGGGUCUGUUAGCGGCAAAACAACAUAUUUACUGAAAGGUCGAGAUGCUGGUCUUUCAAAGACAUCGAAGGCCGAACAAUGUGGAACAAAAAUUCUCAAUGAAGAUGAAUUUUAUGACCUGAUCAAUAGUUUCAAAGAAAAACCAGGUGUAAAAGGCGAAAAGAAAAAUACUGAUGAUGUGAAAAAGUCUCCUAAUCGUACAUCGACUGAGUCGAAUCCUUCAGGUGCCUUGAGUGAUCGUAAAAGUAAAGGAAAGGCCAGUACAAUACCAACAUCUGCUAUACAUGACAGCACUGUUACUGCUGGUGUUAAAUCUACAGAUACAGCCUCUGCUGCUUUGUGGACAGAUAAAUACAAACCUAAAAACCUCAAUGAAUUCAUUGGUAACAAGGAAAUGGUACGUCGUAUUUCUGCAUGGUUAGCUAGUUAUGAGCAAAACCGUAAGAACGAUUUCAAGGCUCGUGGUGAUGAAAUCAAUGGAUUCCAUGCUAUUUUAAUCAGUGGUCCGCCUGGUAUCGGUAAAACUACUGCGGCUCAUUUAAUUGCGAAACUUAACGGAUACGAAGCUCUAGAAUACAAUGCAAGUGAUGCUCGUAGUAAGUCAAUAUUGUCUGAGGGUAUCACUGAAAUGAUGGACAAUAGAUCGAUUACGGAAUUCUUUCGUGCUCCUUCCUCGUCAUCUCUCGCUUCUAAAGAGGUAAAAAUGACAAAUCAUCGAGAUGGUAAAAUCGUCCUAAUUAUGGAUGAGGUUGAUGGUAUGACGGCAGGUGAUCGUGGAGGCUCUGCUGAAUUAGCCCGCCUCAUCAAAAUCAGUAAAAUUCCUGUAAUAUGUAUUUGCAACGAUGUCAGAUCACCAAAAGUAGCACCUUUAUUGAGAGUAUGUUUUGAUGCGAGAUUCAAAAGGACACCUGCCUCUCAAAUUCGAUCGCGCAUGAUGACUAUUGCUCACCAUGAAAAUAUGAGAUUAGAACCCAACGCCAUUGAUCAGUUAGUUGAAUUAACACAUAACGACAUACGCCAACUUAUCAAUAUUCUAUCUAUGUAUCGCAUUAAGGGAUCGAGUAUGAGUUAUGAUCAAGCUAAGAAAGUUGGAAGCAGUAAUCAGAAGAAUAGCACCAUGAACACAUUUCAAAUACCUACUGCUCUGUUGCCAAGCAGCGCUUGGAAUAGCACAUCUUUGAACGAAAAGUACGAUGUAUACUUCCAUGAUUACGCUCUCGCAAGCCUGAUGAUACAAGAAAACUAUCUUAAAUCGAAGCCGGGAAAAGCCAAAAAUGAUUGUCAUGCGAUGGAAUUGAUAGCUAAAGCAGCCACCGCUGUUGCCGACGGAGAUCUUGUUGAUGCAAUGAUUCACGGUACUGUCCAACAUUGGUCCCUUAUGCCAGUCCAUUCUAUUUUCUCUUGUGUACGUCCUGCUGCGUAUGUAAACGGUCAUUUCUCCGAGAGAAUAAACUUCCCCGCUUGGCUUGGUCAGAAUUCAAAAGCAAUGAAAUAUCAACGGGCCCUCAGCGAUAUUCAAACUCGUAUGCGUGUGGUAUCCUCUGGUGACAAGUAUGAAAUUCGACAAAAUUACGUGCCACUGUUGACCGAUAAAAUUGUUCAUAGUAUGGAAGAAAAGAAGUUUGACGAAACCAUCGAAAUAAUGGACACUUAUUACUUGGAUCGUGACAGUUUGGAUACAUUAAAUGAUAUAGCCUUUCAAAGAAAGAAGACAGAUAAACAACCUUUUGCGGGAAUUCCGACUGCGAAUAAGACAGCGUUUACAAGAAUGUAUAAUAGCAUGAGUCACCCUGUAUUGUUCCAAGCUGCCGGUAUUGCUGUUCAAAAAUCUGUUUCAGCACCAAAGGAGGAUGCUGUUGGUACGCUUGUCGCUGAAGAUGAACCUCUUGGAGAAGAGGCACCUCUUGAUGAAGAGAGUGAUGCUGAAGAGGAUCCUGAGGCCGAGAUUGAAAAAGAUAAAUUUAUUAAAGGAAAAUCAAAAGCUGCUGCAGCAGCUAAAGGAAAGAAGCGAAAAGCAACUACUAGUUCGUCCCAAUCAAAGUCAAGGAAACAAGCCAAGACUAAAAAAUAA